UGCAGUUUAAAAACUGUAGUGUAAAGCACCCUUCUGGCAAGACAGUGAUGGAGUGAGUGAUGGUGAAAGUUUUUCUUUUUCGGGCCACCCUGCCUUGGUGGGAAUCGGCCAGUGUGAUAAUAAAAAAAAAUAAUAAAUAAAUCUAUAGUUCACUUAUCUGUUACAAGCAAAUUUAGGAAAUUUGCUUAGUAUAUCUGGUAUCUUAUUUUCGUUAAUAAGAUAUCUUGACAUGUCACAUAGGUUAUUAUACUGUCUGUCUCUGUAUUCCUCAAUAAGUGGACAAUUAAGCACAUAGUGUUCAAGAGAGUGACCAUAUGCCUGAUCACAUAAUUUACAUUUAGUUUGAUCAUCAUCUGUGUCUCUCCCAAACUGCCAGAAGUACUUGUAACCAAGCCUAAGCCUGGCCACUACAACAUCAGUCAGUCUGUUCACAUUGCAAGUUGCUCCAUAAACAUACUUAUCUACGUUCAUGUUAUCAUAGUGGGUUAUAGAUCUACUCAGGCUUCUAUGCAUUCCUAUAACAAUCAUUUUCAUUAUUUACUUCUCUCCUAAUAUUAUUCCUAAUGCUAGACACAGUUAUACCAAAGUUAUAUUCUACAUUCUCCUUCUGUACUCUUCUUGGCUAACAUAUCAACUUUAUCAUGAAGGAGUAAUCCAAUGUGUGAUGGGAUCCAUAGCAAUUGUACAUUAAUUCCUUUGUCCCUAAUUUUUGAGUAUCUAUACCUGGCUUCUCCAAUGAGCAUGUUGUUGGAGUCAUUAUAUGAGUCAAGAGCCUUCAUUGAUGACAUAGAAUCAGUAAUGAUAAUAGAGUCAAGCUCAGUGUCAUAGGUUAGCUUUAGCGCCAUUAGGAUUGCAAACAAUUCAGUUUGCAGUGUAGACGCCCAGUUGUUAAUUCUUAUGCCUAACUCAACAAAUUUAUUAUCGUUCUUAACUAGGGAGGUGGCAACAAGAGCAGAUGCAGCCCUGCCAGAAGACUCCUGUUUAGAUCCAUCAGUGUAUAUAACUUGUGAUAACUUAUUACUACCAGCUAGGUGCUGGGUGAGCUGCUGGACCUACUGCUUAACCCAGCCAUGCGCAUCAAGAACUGGGAUACCAUUGACUGGCUGAAGUGGCUCAUGGCUGCUGGCCGCACACCUGAUGACUUCUUUAACACAGUUCGACGGUAUGACAAUGCGACAACUUGUGGUCUGGUCUGGACAGCAAACUUUGUGGCAUAUCGGUGUCGGACAUGUGGCAUUUCACCUUGUAUGAGCCUAUGUGCUCAGUGCUUUCAAGAGGGAAAUCAUGAGGGUCAUGACUUCAACAUGUUCCGCUCACAGGCUGGUGGGGCCUGUGAUUGUGGCAAUUCGGCUGUCAUGAAGGAAUCAGGGUUUUGUCAUCGACAUGGGUCGCAAGCACAAUUAAACAAGCCAGAAGUACCACCAGAUUUAUUAGCAAUUGCUGAUGCGCUUAUGCCUAGAAUUUUUCUACGCUUUAUACAGCAUUGUCGAGAACACAGUUUGGGAACACUAGACCAGGUUUUAGUGGCAAUGGAGGAGUCAUCAUUGUUUUUAGAUCUUCUGCAGGACCUCAGUCGUCUGGGAGCUGCUAUGAGAAAAACAAUGACAAAAUCGUUGUGCAAUCCAAAAGUUUAUUCCGAAUUGACUCGGUCAUCAUCUAAUCAUUCAAAUAAAGAAUAUCAAGCUCAAAGCAGAAAGUUGUAUAAGGAUGCCCUUAACAGUAUUCCUUUUGGAGAAGUGCCUCCAGGAUAUCAAGAUGUUGUGACUCUAAACGGCCCACUUAUACACAAGACUUUUUUAGAUGAAAUAGUUUUUUGGACUGUAAAAUUCGAGUUUCCACAAAAACUUGUUUGUUUGCUGUUGAAUAUGCUCCCAGACACAGAAUAUGAGGAUGCUUUUGCCAGAGCAUUUGUGCAACACUACAGUCGAAUUUCGGUCAUGUUAGUGCAAAGUACCGACUCUGAAACUCUAAGCAACCGUGUUGUACAUGUCUCGGUGCAGCUGUUCUCCGAUCAAGACUUGGCUUACCGCAUGACAGACUCAUUCCAUCUAUUACAUGUCAUGAUUGUUAGUUUGAAAAACAUGAUGAAAUCUAUAUGUGUACCAUCAACCCUUCAUGAUAAGCUGCGGAAUUCUCACAGGGUUGUGAACUGUGCUGACCAUGUUAUGAAGAAUCAUUGUUACUGGCCAUUGGUGUCUGACCUUAAUAAUGUUCUAUCACACAAGCCAAUUGCUGUUAAGUUUAUGAGCGACCCGAGACUCAUUCAAGAAUGGUUCUCUUUUUUGUCGAUGUUUCAAGGGAUGAAUGUCAAUGUACGAGAGUUAACACAGCACGUUGAAUUUGAACCUCAGACAUAUUAUGCAGCAUUCAGUGCAGAACUAGAAGCCUCUGCCUCCCCCAUGUGGGCUCUUGUCUCUCAUCUGCGUGACUCUGAAACCCGCCACUACACAUUCUCAGUACUUAAAGAAUGUCUUCAUGCUCUUAACAAUUGGUUUACUGCUGUUGGAUUUUCACAUUCUGAUUUGGGGGACCCAUACCAAGUGUCUUUUCACCUUCCACUACAUCGGUAUUAUUCAGUGUUCAUGUGCCAGGCUGUGAAGGCACAAGGUGCACAGCUGGAUGAAGUUCUACCUCCUCAGGACUUGCUGCAUCUUAUUAUGGUUCAUCCUCUUAGAUUACAGGCUGCAUUCUACGAGAUUUUAAGCGGCAUGUGGGUGCGUAAUGGUCUUCAGAUCAAGGGCCAAGCUAUGACAUACAUCCAGUGUCACUUCUGCAACUCCAUGGUGGAUGCUGACCUCUACCUCUUACAAAUAUGUGCGGGGGAAUUACCUCCGGACAAUUUUAUUUUGACAGCUUUAGACAGGUUCCACGUUCUUGAGUCUCUGAGUGUGUCACCGAGGGCAUCCAACAGUUUCUUGGACUCAGAGCAUGAGAUGACUAUCUUGGAGUCAUGCCUAACUUUCCUGGCCACACUAAUGACUGUUAGGACUAAUAUUGGUUUAAGUGAAAGUGAACUUGCUCAGUUAGAGAUGGUUACUUUGCUGUGUAUGGGAGAUAAAACUCAUUCUCAGCUGAUGGAAUUCAUGCCGGAGAAGUGCGGUAGUGCAGCUCAGAGCAGAGAUUUUGAGGCUGUAUUAAAUAAGGUGUCUUCAUAUAGAGCACCUAAUUUUGAAGCUUCAGGGACAAUGCAACAAGGGAUGUAUAUACCACGAGAUGAAGUAUGGGAAAAUCUUUAUGAUCCUAUUUAUAUACUUCUACGGGCAGUGCAAAGAAGAGAUUUUCAGGCCUCUCUGGACAGAUUUAAGCUCUUCUGCAAACAGUCUGGGAAGAUGAGCAGCUCGGGAAACCUGUGGCCACCAUUCCGUUUGCCAGGCAAUGUUACUAGUCCAUACACUGAUCCUCAGAGAAUAAUUGCCUGCAGGAGUUUCCAUGCUGUUCUCUUCAUGCUGCUAUAUAAAGCUCUCAAUGAAGUAUCCACCACAGAUCAUCUUCUAGCUCUAACUGUUUACUUGCUUGAGCUAGCUGUUGAAUAUCAGGCAAAACACCGUUCACAAGGGGGUGAAGUUAUGGCUGCUCAGUUUUAUGAUGGGGUAAUAGAAGCAGAUGAUGACAAGCCUGAUGGCCAGUUUUGUAAGUGGUUUGUGACAGAUGAUAUAUUUACCAACGUCAACUCUGUUGUGUCAAGGAUUCAUCUCAAUCCAACUCCAUCAGUCAGCUCCUGCUCUGAUGGUGAGUUAGAUGGGUCAGACCUGGAAAUGGAUGAACUUGAGGGAGGGGAACCCAGACUGGCUCUCCAUGAAGCACCACGACCUCUUCCUUUGCCUGCAGGCUGUGAACUAGUGCUCUAUCACCAAGGUGCCACAGCUGUCGUAUCUUCAGGAGCCUUGCCCACCACUCCAGAAACUCCAACUCAAGAUCUUAUGUCACCACUGGCCCUACCUCCUCCAACCCUCACACCAACCUCACCAGUAUCUACACCAACUAACAUGCUAGUACCUAUGACACACACACCAGAUGGUGCAUCAACACGAGCCUCUUUACCUGCUCCAGUCCAGUAUCCUUCUCUACUAGCUGGAAAUGAAGUUGGAAGAAUAGCUGGCAAUGGCAGAAGCAGCAGCAAUAAUGGCCCCUCCUGUAGCAACAGAGGUCACCAUGGGCGCUGUUUCAUGCUGCAACAUCACUACCACCAGCGUACACGGCGUCCAGCUGGUCCUACCAAAGCUCUUCUUCCAGCUACUGAUGGCUCUUCUCCACCAGCUUUCCAAGCAUCUCCACCAACACCUGAACUUUCACAUUUCUCCUCUUUACCUCAACUCGACUCUGGGGAUGAAUAUGUAGCAGUUGAUGAAUCCAUUAUCUCCCUUCUGAUUAAACUUCAUUCAAAAUUAACUGGAAAACCUAACUCUUACCGUCCAAACUUUAGUGAUACUUCUGAUUCUAGAAUAGGCGAUGGACCUUUCUUUAUUGCUAAAUUGCUCAAUAAAAUAGGUCGAAAUGAUCCUUCUGCUAAACAAGGCAUCUUAGACACUAUAUCAUGUAUUUACUGUAAACGAGAAGAAGACUCUUCUGCAUCUUCCGAGGAAGAAGCAAGAGCAAGAGAGGAGAAGAGGAAACGUGCGAAAGAAAGGCAGAAGAGAGUUAUGGCUGAGUUUGCAAAUCGCCAGCGUCAAUUUAUGGAACAAAACAGGGCUGAGGCAGCAGAAUUUGAAGCUAGUGGAAAUGAUGCAAUGGAGGUGGAGGAGGAGCAGCCAGAAAGACAUAAGGAGUAUGACUGUGUUAUUUGCAAUCAAUCAAUCCCAUCCACUCCAGAGAGACCAGUGGGGCUAGUGGUGCUACUUCAAGCAACAAGUGUGCUUGGUCACAGAACCUCAUCUCAAAAACCUCUAAGUGUUCCUACUUCAGAUUCAGAAAGAACGAGAUUAAAACAAAGAAGGUUUACCUUGGGUCAGUACAUGGAAGAAAGAGCAGAUACACUAAACAGACACUUUGAUUAUAACUCUUGGCUUGUGUCUAUGAAUAUUGGCUGGGAAGGAGGCGUGCAUGUACAGACAUGUGGUCAUCACCUGCAUCUAGAUUGUCAUCAGUCAUACCUUCUUGCGCUACGCUCACAGAACCGCCAAAACAAUCCUCUCAAUGUUGAUAAGGGUGAAUAUUCGUGUCCACUUUGUCGACAGCUUGGCAAUUCAGUGCUACCUAUAUCUCCUGAAAUUGGUGACUUAUCAGCUUUGGUGAAGCAUCCUUCCACCUGUGAUAAUGAUUUGGUAGAGGAGGUUGAUCGACUUCUACAUGACCUUACAGUUCCAACAUUCAGUAGUUCUUUGACCAAUGCCAUGGCCCGAAUGAUGGAGGAUAUGACAGUAGCUACAUACGCCAAGUAUCGAAAUGUUUCAUCUAAUCCUUCUACUCCGUCCCUCUUCAUGUUUGUAUCGUCUAUUUUACGAACAAACCUGGAGGUGGAGUUGGUUCAGCGUGGAGGAAUCCUGGUGUAUCAAGCCCAAGAUGUUAAAAUGGAUGUCAAGCGCUCAUGUCUUAUGUCCCUUCUUCACGUCCUUGGAUUUCACUCUAAAAUUUUGAGUGGAGGGGGUGACUCUGGAGUAGGUGGAGGAUUACAUUGGAUCCGACAAACUUGGGCAUCUAUCACACAGCGACCAGUGAUUGGUAGUGAAGGAGCAGUUACCCCGAGAGAGAGAGAAGUCCCUUUACUUCUGCGUGACCCAGUCACACUCCUCCUGCAGCUAAUACUUCUGUUACCAUCUCGGAUAGACCAAGGUUAUAUAAGGUGUGUUGUGGGCAAUGUGUACCGGGUGGCAGUAGUAGGUGCAGCUGUUUCCGCUCUUCGGUCACUUAAUGAGAGUCAGAGGGAGCAGGCUACCACUAGUGGUCCCCUUGCUCCACUUCUGGCACUAGCUCAUAACACUUUACGGGAUAGCCCAUUCUUUUGUGAUGACCAGGUGCCACUAGCAGAUCACACACAGGAGACAUGGACUGUUAAUGAUGUUACCUGCCAGGUUCGCGAAACUUGUCUGUUGUUUCUUAGAAUAGCUGCUCUUCUAAAAGCCCAUCUGAUGGAAGAAAAUUCACCGAUGAUAGUUGAUCCCAUAGCAGAAUGUGGUGCUCUUGAGCAGUACUUGGGAGUGUGGGAUAUUUGCUCAGUUGUCAACUCUGCAAUCAUGGGUAACAUGUGUGGUACAUACCAUGCAAGUGAAGUAUCAAGUCCAGUUGAAACUCGUCUGGGUAACCUAGCAGGUGGUGCAAGAGUGUGGUGUAGUGAAGUUGCUACGUUUGCCUCGCAGGCACAGGUGGCUGCCUCAACCCUUCUUACUACUGUUCAUUUCUCUCAGCCCCGUCUCUUACGUUUACCACAUUCUUACGAUGCAGUUUUUCAGUACUACCACAGACGACAGUGUUCGCAGUGCAAUGGUGUGCCGAAGAAUCCAAGUGUUUGCUUGCUUUGUGGCACUAUAGUGUGUUUGAGAGAGCCAUGUUGUAAGCAGCAGGAGGUGUGCGAGUGUGUGCAGCAUGCUAUUGACUGUGGCGCUGGUACGGCCAUUUUUCUUGUUGUGAAUGCUUCAACGGUGAUUGUGAUUCGUGGUCCACGAGUCUGCCUCUGGGGCUGUAUUCACCUAGACUCUUUUGGAGAAGAAGAUCGUGAACUCAAACGUGGGAAACCUCUGUACCUGAGUGAAGACCGCUACCGCCUACUGGAACAACAGUGGCUGUCACAUUCUUUUGACCACACCAACCGGAGCUGGAUCUGGCACAGAGAUAUCCUUUGAGGGAUCGAAUCAUUGUAAUUGCAAAGAAUAGCCUUGUUAUCCUGAAGGUUUAAAGUAAGCUAAAGUAAAGGUAACAUAUUUGAUUUUUUGGUAUAACCAGGGAGCCUAUGACCUUUGCUUUAGUGAAGAAUACUGAUUUUUAAGGAUAGAACACCUGUUGCUCUACAGAAAAUUUGGCCUCCAUUUUGUUUUGUGUACAAAUUGUUGUAGUCAAUGGAUUUACCACUAAUAUGGCUUUAAUUCAGAAAUUUUGGAUGCAGUUUAAACUUAAUAAACUGACAUAUUGUACGUACUCAUGUAAUCUAAAUGUAACUAAAUAACUAUUAUCAAAGUUGGCUUCUAAGGAUGCAAGAUGUUUUCAGAUAAUAGGUAUUGUUUAGAGUGUUGGUCAUGGUUCAGAGACAACAUGAUAUCUCAGGACAUCAUUUUUCUGGUUGACGAAGGUGUUGGAGUGAUGCAUCCCCUGCAACACUUACAACUGGUUCACAACUAAUGCUUUAAUACUCAGACAGAACUUGGUUGCCAAUAUUUCUUGGAGUGAAAUAUUCUUUGCUUUUACAAUGAUUAUUUUAAGACUUUUUUUUUUUUUUUUUUUUUUUUUUUUUUUUUUUUUUUUCAAAAAAAUUGAAAGAGAAAAUAUAACUGAUGAUUAUAUUGCACAUGUAUAUCUUUAUCUAAUUAAAUUGGGUAAUAGUUAUGCAGAGGGAGAGUAUUAAUAUUGGUUAACAGUGAAGACAAGAGUCUCCAAUGUAACCUUUUGUAACUACGAAUUGUGAUAAUGUAUACAGCUAUUUUGUUUUCAAAGAAAACGUCCAAGAUGUCGAACCGAAUAUCAUUCGGAUUAAAUUUUCUUUUAUGUUAGGGUACUUUUUUAAACUUGCAUAGAAUAAUUAGGUAAUUAUUUCUCAUACUUUGUCUCUUAACUAGAAACUCUGAACAAUGUUUUGUGAUAAGAGAAGGUGAGCAUUUAAUGGUUGAUAUGGGUCUGGUGUGUCAGAGGAGAGAGCACCGUGUACUUUAUCUAUCACUCAGAUUUUAUCAUUUAUGUACAUUUGCACACACAUUUACACAAAAGAUUUCUUUGUAUAUUGCACAUAUGAUGCAAAUAUGCCAUCAUGGGCAUUCAGGAUAUAAAUGUUCAUAAAUCUAAUUUCUUUAAAGUAAGAUGUGAAUAUCUUAUCUUGACCUGGUGA